AUGCCCAUCGCGUUUCGGAAACAAGUGCGAGUUGAUAGUUGGAGUUUUUGGAGCUGUGUGGUGAAAGAUCUUCGAGGUAAACAGUUUUCCGAAGAUGAAGAGUCGAAUAUAGCAAUUGAUGAAGAUAUUUUCGGAGGAGAAAGAAAAAUAGAGGACCAGUACACGCUGGACAGCGAGUACAUCAAGCGGUACCUUGGGGAGCUGACGCCAAUGCAGGAGUCCCGCCUGCUGCAGCUGCGCAAGUGGAUUGCUGACCUACAGAAGGGAAAGGUGCCAAGCGACACCACCCUGCUCCGCUUCCUCCGCGCUAGAGACUUCAACGUGGAGAAGGCGCGGGAGAUGCUCUCGCAGUCUUUGCUGUGGCGCAAGAAGCACCAGGUAGACCGACUACUCUCGGAGUACGAGACGCCCGAAGUGGUGAAGCAGUACUUCCCGGGCGCAUGGCACCACCACGACAAGGACGGCCGCCCGCUGUACAUUCUUCGCCUUGGUCAGAUGGACGUCAAAGGCCUCCUCAAGUCGAUCGGUGAAGACGGACUUCUAAAAUUGACACUGCACGUUUGCGAGGAAGGUCUGAAGCUGCUGGAAGAGGCGACCAGGUCGUCCGAGCACGCGGUUCAAGCCUGGAGCCUGCUCGUGGACCUGGACGGGCUGAACAUGAGGCACCUGUGGCGGCCGGGGGUCAGGGCCCUGCUGCGCAUCAUCCAGAUCGUGGAGGCCAACUACCCGGAGACCAUGGGCAGGGUGCUGAUCGUGAGGGCGCCCAGGGUCUUCCCGAUUUUGUGGACCAUUGUCAGCACGUUUAUCGAUGAGAACACCCGCAGUAAGUUCUUGUUCUACGGAGGCAAAGACUACCUGCAGCCCGGCGGCCUGCUUGACUACAUCCCCAAGGAUCUAAUCCCGGACUUCCUUGGGGGGCCAUGCAAGAGCUUCGUCCACGAGGGUGGGCUGGUUCCGAAGAGUCUGUAUGUAAGUGGGGCGUUCACGGAGCGAGACGGUGACCCUCUCAGCGAAGACAGCAUCUACCGUUCCGUCAGUCUGGCGAAGGGACAGGUGCACGAGGCGGUGGUCCGCAACCGCGACCCGCAGAGCGUGCUCACGUGGGACUUCGACGUGCUGCGCCACGACAUCGCGUUCACCGUGUUCCACACGGCGCUCGAGAUGCCCGAGCCGGAGAGCUGCGCCACCGCCCUGUGCGCGAGCGGCGGCGAGCCGCGCGCCGUGCUGCCAGCCCUGGAGCAGCGCGGCUGGCGCGAGGGCCGCCACUACCAGCGCGUCGAGCCCACGCUCGUCUGCCACGACGGCGAGAGCAUACAGGGCUCCCACGUGAUGGCGGAGUGUGGCAGCUACGUGCUGCAGUGGCGCUGCGAGCUGCUGGAUUCCGCGCACCGCGCCGCCCAGCUCAUGUACUUCCACGAGACCCUCGCCAGCCACCAGUACAAG